AUGGACAAAUACUUUCGAAAAAACGAAUUAGAAAUACUUCAAAAUUCGAUUGAAAACUAUAUAUCACCGACUGGAUUUUAUUCUACAUCAGAAGAUCCUGAAAUAGCAUUGAUAUUUGCUGGUGAUGAUCAAUCGAAUGGAGUUUUAUUUGAAAUAACAAAUGAUCCAUCGAUUUUAGAUCCAACUUCCAUCUUAGUCAUCGCUUCAAUCAAACAUUUUAGUCGUUUUCCACAAGAAAAAGAAGUUUUAUUCGGUAUUGGAACAACAUUACAAAUGAUUGUCACCAAUAAAGAUUUUCAAUAUAUACAGGAAUAUAUCCAAUUAAAACGACAAGAGUUAGAAGCAUAUAAUCCGACAACAUUACUCGACGAAUUAAUUAUUGAUAUAGGACUAUAUUCCAAAACCGAAUUAUACUUUCCAUCAAUUAUUCAAACAUUACCCAAUGAUCACCAAGAUCUGCCAUCAUUAUAUCAUGCACUUGGUUAUGUUUAUUAUAAGAAAAAUCUCUGUGAUCAAGCAUUAUAA